CGUUAGUGCAGUGUGGGGGCGCGUUUUGGAAAACGAAGAGAACGAGAGGAAAAAAUAUUAAUGCAGUAAAGCGCGACGACAAUGUUUCUUGUAAAAGUGACUUCAGAAAAUUUGUUAUAUUUGAAGGAAAAUAGAACUUAAGUUUGAUGAGUUUUCUUUUCAUUGUCCACCAAGGAUUUCUUACCUGGAAUUCACCAGUUAAUGACUUUUCAAAAUGGUGACGCGUCUUGUUGAUAUAAACGCCGCUGCAGUUGAUGAAUUAGCCAGGUUAAUAGGUGUUGGCCGAUCAAGAGCCGAAGCUAUAGUUGAUACAAGACUUAGUCUAAAUGGAUUCAAAAGUAUAUAUGAUUUAACCAAAGUGCCAGGGAUUGGCAAUAGUGUGCUGGAGCAAAACCGAAUUCUCCUUACAUGUGGAACUUUUAAACGGGACCCUCUACGUCCCUCAUCUCAACAUCGUUCACAGAGCUCUUCGCGUAGGCACAGCUCUAAUAACAAUGACUCUGACAUGGAUGUUAAUACGAAUUGUAUAUUAACACGGAGGCGAGAAAGCUUACGGAGCUAUGUGCCAUCUGACCGCAAGGGUACUCCGGCUAAGAAUCAAGCAGAGGUGUCAAUACGACAGUCAGCAUCAUCUGGGAGUGAGGUUGAUGGAUGUGAGACAAGGAGUAAGAUGAAGCGGAAAUCAGAAAUAAAGGAAAAGGGAGGCUCUCCGGGGAAAAAGGCAUGCCGGUCAGUGGAGAUACAAAAUGCAUUUCUUAGGGUGCUAGAAAAUGGGUACACGCCAAGUGCUUUACGGUUCGGGGGAUCAAGUUUGGAUGUUCAUACAAGAAGACGUCUUGUGUCCUCACGCUUCCAUGCACCGCCGGAUCUUAAUAAUUGGUUAAAAACUUUUCAGAAUUGGACUGGUGCUGAGAAACUUCUUGCACUGGAUGAGCUGAUUGAGAAAUGUGAACCAUCACAAGUACGCCACAUAAUGGCCGUUAUAGAACCCCAGUUCCAAAGAGAUUUUAUAUCAUUACUUCCACGCGAGCUCGCAUUGUACGUAUUAGCUUUCCUCGAACCAAGGGAUUUACUACGUGCCGCACAGACUUGUCAGUAUUGGCGUAUCCUAUGCGAGGACAACCUAUUAUGGCGUGAAAAAUGCAGGGAAGCCGGGAUUGCUGAGGUCAAUGGGAAGCAGACCAGGAGGCGGUCUAACUCUGGCGUGCCAAGAAGUCCGUGGAAGAGUGCGUAUCUUAGACAUCAUCAAAUAGAAUAUAACUGGCGAUUUGCGGAAAUUCGUCAACACAAGGUGCUCAAAGGUCACGAUGAUCAUGUGAUCACAUGCUUACAGUUUAAUGGUCAGAGGAUUGUGAGCGGGUCAGACGACAAUACGUUAAAAGUAUGGUCAGCUUCAACAGGGAAGUGUUUACGUACACUUGUUGGUCAUACAGGAGGUGUCUGGUCUUCAGAAAUGGCAAAUAACAUUAUUAUAAGUGGGUCGACUGAUCGAACAUUAAAAGUAUGGAAUGCAGACACGGGUCACUGCAUCCACACGUUGUACGGUCACACUUCAACGGUUCGCUGCAUGUCACUUAGUGGCAAUAAAGUGGUCAGCGGUUCGAGAGAUGCAACUUUACGAGUAUGGGACAUUGAGACUGGCCAAUGUUUGCAUGUCCUUAUGGGCCAUUUAGCGGCGGUCAGGUGUGUCCAGUAUGAUGGCCGUCGGGUCGUCAGUGGUGCUUAUGAUUAUAUGGUCCGUGUAUGGAACCCGGAAACGGAGGAGUGUCUACACACACUCUCGGGUCAUACAAACCGUGUGUAUUCAUUGCAGUUUGAUGGUAUUCAUGUGGUAAGUGGGUCCUUAGACACAUCGAUUCGUGUCUGGGAUGUAGAGUCGGGGGAAUGUAAACACACCUUGAUGGGUCAUCAGUCGCUGACCAGUGGAAUGGAACUUAAGGACAAUAUCCUAGUAUCCGGUAAUGCUGAUUCCACUGUCAAAAUCUGGGACAUAACAACUGGUCGAUGUCUCCAAACACUACAAGGGCAAAACAAACAUCAGAGUGCAGUUACUUGUUUACAAUUCAACAAGAAAUUUGUGAUUACGAGUUCUGACGAUGGAACAGUCAAACUCUGGGACUUGAAUACUGGUGAAUUCAUUCGCAAUCUAGUCACGUUGGACAGUGGUGGCAGUGGCGGCGUUGUGUGGCGGGUGCGCUCGAACCAUACAAAACUCAUUUGUGCGGUGGGAAGUCGCAAUGGGACCGAAGAAACAAAACUCUUAGUGUUAGAUUUUGACGCGGACCAUAAACUCUGAUUUACGCGUGCGCACGCGGUGUGAGUACGCAUCAAGAUGUACCCAUCACGUGUGCACGGAUCACGUGAUCGCAAAAUGUGUACGCAACAUGUUAGUAUCACCUAUGUUCGUGGAUACAUAUGAACCUAUUGCACUUGUGUGUAUGCACAUGAUGAUGCAUGUAAACCUGCACUUGUAUACACUUGUGCACUCUUAACUUGUGUACAUAGUGCGUGUCGACAGAGUUUGACAUUCCAGAUAACACGAUACAUUAUCAAGUUUGUGCGAAAAUGACAAGGCAGCAUUGGGAACGUUUCCAGAAAAACAUUCAAGAGAUUAGGAAUCUAAGAAGAUUUAUUUUUAUAUAAUUUGCUUUUCCUUUCAACAAUCAUCGGAAAGUUGGAAUAUCAAAGAAUAUGCUCAUUCAUUUUUUUCAUUGCAUCCCCGUGUAUUGUUGCAGCAUCAUAAAUAACCUGAAUCAUACCAGAUUUUAUUGUGACAGUUUAAAUACUUAUCGAGACUUCAACGGCAAAAUAUACUUGGCAGUGCAGAAUACGCAACAACAUAUCUGCUGUAGUUAUGUCUGUUGAUCAUUUCCAUGGUGAUAAAUUUAAUUAUUACAGAGUAACAUAGCAUUCAAUAAUCCCCCUUAGGUUAAGAUAUCUCAUACAUUGUAAAAACGAAAUACAUUUAUGGGUAAAAAAGACUUAAUGUACCAUUCUUUAAUAAUUUCUCCAAAAUCAUUUUAUGAUUUUUCGGAGAAUUACUAAAUAUUGAUUAACUCUUCUACUGUAGUAAACUGAUCGUUUGGGCAUAUAUAGUACACAAUGGUCUUGGUGUUCUAUAAAAAAAUAUAAUUGAUUCAAAAAACACAAUACUGCAAAAUAUUGAUUAUUACAGUUUCCAAGGCAUUGCAGUAAAACAGUGUACUAAUUUUUAACCAGAAGUGUUUUGUUUUGUUCAUUUUAUAUCUAGCCAACAUCUAAAAACAAUUAAUUGAACGCGUUGUAGUUAUUAUCAAAAUACUAGUAAACAAAACCUGUCAAAAUUAUUCUAUGAAAAUAUCAAACUUUUUUAACAAUAUUGUUUGAUCUUUUACUUUUCAAAAAAAAAAAUGUUGUCCCUUUUGAAAUUGGUUUUUGAUUUUAAUUUCAAAAGAUGAAUAAUUUAUUCACGCUUUCUGUUGCUAAAAAAAUUUGUAUCAAAAUAUUGGAGAAAUCAUUGCUAACACAUUUGUUUUUAGCUAUUUGAAAUAAAGAAUUAUGUGAACUCUGAUCUCUGGGAAAAAGACACUGUAAAUUAUAUACUUUGUAUACUGUAUGCUAACAAGCUGAUAUAUGGUGUGCUUGGAAUGCUUGGAACUCAAAUUGGAUUGAAUAUUUUAGCGUUUCUAAUCAUUUUUUUUUAAAGUUCAUAACAAAAUGUUGUUUACUUCUCAUCCUAGCAAAACAAAUCAGUAAACAGAUGUAUUUGAUCUGCACUACAAAAUGGGUUGUUGUUGAAGCUUGUGCUACGUUUAGUUGAUGGCCACAGUGUAUUGGACCCCAGAUUUUGCAACAGGGUUUUUUUCAAUUUUAUUUAGUAAUAGUGCAUUAUGUGAUAAUGCAUAAAGACUAACUUUGUUGAAGUUAUUACAACAUUAUUUUAUGUUUCGUCCAAACCACCACAUUUUAUGUCACAAAUACAUGUAAUUUGCCUAUAUUUAUAAAAUGUGAUGUCAUCAACAUACCCAUAUUAUGAGCAAUUCAGUGUCACAUAAAACAUGAUAGUGAGGACAAUAACUUAUUAUUUGGUUUGUCUUUGGAUACAUGGCUUCUCCAUGUUCUAUAUUCAUGUGUACUUGUAAGGCCAAUUCCAUCGUCAUAUUAAAUCGUUCAGUGGUGGUGCUGGCCUAAAGGUAAACACUUCUAAAUAAUAAAAAGAUAAAAGUGUAGGUUAAUAGGGAACAUUCGAUUUGUGCAACGAUGUGACUCUAGAACGGAUUCACUCAUUUGUGACCAUCCUAUUGUCCUCUGCAGCACAGCAUAUAUUCAGGCCAAAUUGCAUCCUAGAAUCCAUGUAUUAAUGUGCGUUCUCACAAAAUGAUUUCUUAGUGACACCAUUACGUUCUGCAUCGUCCUACUGUCGUCGAAAGCUUCUUUAUAUAUGACAACUCAUUUUGUAAUAGAGGUCUUUUACAGAUUUGUUUUUCUAAUAUUUUUUUUUUUUUAAGAUCACUAUUCAGCUGAAAAAAAGCAUCUGUUCAUUUUAAAUUUCAGGAAUCA